GGGAGCGCUUCCGGCCGGCGCGGUCACGUGACGGGCCGGGGGUCACAUGACGGCGGGAGCUGGAGCCGGGGAGCGGGAGCGGAGCGGCCGCCGCUGGGGGUGAUGCCAUGGCCGCUGCCAGCUCCAGCAGGGCCAGGGCCGGGCCGCCCUGCGAGAAGUCCCCGCUCUCCGUGAAAGUUGUGUCUGUGAAGCCCAAGGCCCAGAGCCGCCCAGCACGGAUGAACUGCUACGUGGAGGUGGCCGGCGACGGGCUGCCCAGUGAGACCAAGAAGACGGGGAAGCAGAUGGGGGUCUCCGAGCUGCUGUGGAACGAGAUCCUCACCCUGAAUGUCACCGCUCAGAGCCACUUGGAGCUGAAGGUGUGGAUCUGCCACACGCUGAGGAACGAGCUGCUGGGCGCCGCCUCCCUCAGCCUCGGCAGCCUGCUCAAGGGCGGUGGCAAACUGGAGAACAGGCAGCUGACCCUGGACCUGCAGACGGAGAACAAAGGCAGCAUUGUGUCGGGCGGAGAGCUGACGAUUUUCCUGGACGGGCCGGCUGUUGCUCUGGGCAGCGUUCCCGACGGCAGUGCCGGCACGGAGGGGUCCCAGGUACCUGGACGGGACCCCAGCAGCACAGCUGUGGCCACGGAGGGCCGGCACCAACCCCCCAGCACCAACUGCUUUGGCAGCAGGCCGAGGACGCACCGACAUGCGGCCGGGGCAGCCCGGGGGAACACGGGGAGUGGAGAGCAAAGUCCCAGCGGCAGGAGCCGGCACCGGCAGCAGGCCAAGAGCUCACAGCACACCAGCACAGCCACCAGCAUGGCCAAUGGCACGGCCACCAGCAUGGCCAAUGGCACGGCCACCAGCAUGGCCAACGGUGUGGCCACCAGCAUGGCCAAUGGCGUGGCCACCAGCAUGGCCAACGGCACGGCCACCAGCACGGCCAACGGCGUGGCCAAUGGCACAGUGAACGGGGACGCCGUGGCUGCCGCGGACAUGGAUGAGGACAGGCCGGCAGCAGGGGCCAGCGUUCCGACCCCGGCGGCGUCCGGCACGGCCGAGGGCUCCUCUGCUCCCGCCCCUCCUGCCCUGGGCGGCUCCAGGGAGGCGGAGGAGGCGGCCUCGGGCCCCAGCGCCCCCCCGGCCCGGGCAGCCGUGCUCGCCCUGGAUGCUCUGCCCCCCGGGUGGGAGCAGCGGGAGCUGCCGAAUGGCAGAGUCUACUAUGUAGACCACAACAACAAGACCACGACGUGGGAGAGACCCCUUCCUCCAGGGUGGGAGAAACGCGUGGAUCCCCGAGGCAGGUAUUACUACGUGGACCACAACACCCGGACCACCACGUGGCAGCGCCCCACGGCCGAGUACGUCAGGAACUACGAGCAGUGGCAGUCGCAGCGCAACCAGCUGCAAGGGGCCAUGCAGCAGUUCAGCCAGAGGUUCCUGUACCAGUCCUCCGGAGCCCCGUCCGACAAUGAUCCUCUGGGGCCCCUUCCUCCCGGCUGGGAGAAGAGACAGGACAAUGGGCGAGUGUAUUACGUGAACCACAACACCCGGACCACGCAGUGGGAAGAUCCUCGCACGCAGGGGAUGAUCCAGGAGCCGCCGCUGCCGCCGGGCUGGGAGAUGAAGUACACGAAUGAGAGCGUGCGGUACUUCGUGGACCACAACACCCGCACCACCACCUUCAAGGACCCGCGCCCGGGCUUCGAGUCCGGGAGCAAGCACGGCGGCUCCCCGGGCGCGUACGACCGGAGCUUUCGCUGGAAGUACCACCAGUUCCGCUUCCUCUGCCACUCAAACGCGCUGCCCAGCCAUGUGAAGAUCAGCGUGUCUCGGCAGACGCUCUUCGAGGACUCCUUCCAGCAGAUCAUGAACAUGAAGCCGUACGACCUGCGGCGCCGGCUGUACAUCAUCAUGCGAGGGGAGGAGGGCCUGGACUACGGUGGCAUCGCCAGGGAAUGGUUCUUCCUCCUGUCCCAUGAGGUGCUCAACCCCAUGUACUGCCUCUUUGAGUACGCUGGCAAGAACAACUACUGCCUGCAGAUCAACCCUGCCUCCUCCAUCAACCCCGACCACCUCACCUACUUCCGCUUCAUCGGCCGCUUCAUCGCCAUGGCUCUGUACCACGGGAAGUUCAUCGACACUGGCUUCACGCUGCCCUUCUACAAACGGAUGCUGAACAAGCGCCCGACGCUGAAGGACCUGGAGUCCAUCGACCCCGAGUUCUACAACUCCAUCGUCUGGACCAAGGAGAACAGCCUGGAGGAGUGCGGCCUGGAGCUGUACUUCAUCCAGGACAUGGAGAUCCUGGGCAAGGUGACCACCCACGAGCUGAAGGAGGGUGGCGAGAGCAUCCGUGUGACGGAGGAGAACAAGGAGGAGUACAUCAUGCUGCUGACAGACUGGAGGUUCACACGGGGCGUGGAGGAGCAGACCAAGGCGUUCCUGGACGGCUUCAACGAGGUGGUGCCGCUUGAGUGGCUGCGCUACUUCGACGAGAAGGAGCUGGAGCUGAUGCUGUGCGGGAUGCAGGAGAUUGACAUGAACGACUGGCAGAAAAAUACCAUCUACAGGCACUACACCAAGAACAGCAAACAGAUCCAGUGGUUCUGGCAGGUGGUUAAGGAGAUGGACAACGAGAAGAGGAUCCGGCUGCUGCAGUUCGUGACGGGGACCUGCCGCCUGCCCGUCGGGGGCUUUGCUGAGCUCAUCGGCAGCAACGGGCCUCAGAAAUUCUGCAUAGAUAAAGUUGGCAAAGAGACGUGGCUGCCACGGAGUCACACGUGCUUCAACCGCCUGGAUCUCCCUCCCUACAAGAGCUAUGAACAGCUGAAGGAGAAGCUGCUUUACGCCAUUGAGGAGACAGAAGGGUUUGGACAGGAGUGAUGGAGCUGUGGGGCGUUCCCGGAGCGCUGCCGGCCGGUGCCCAGGGCCGAGCCCUCCCCGGGAUGUGCACGGGCCCCUAUGGACACUGUGGCUUUUGUUCCUGGGCAAGGUCUGCACUGACACGGCCCUGGGGGAACGGGGCUGUGUUUCCCUCCCUGAGGAAACCCGAGGUGUGAUGGAGAGGAGGACACAAGGGCUUGGCUUGCGAGGGCUGGCACAGAGGGGCUGGGGGGCAGCACAGGGGGCACUGGGGCUCCCCAGCCCCCUCUGCAGACACUGUUAAGUGUUUGGUAGAUGCUCUUCUUCCCCCUCGUGUUUUCUGCCUUUCACGGCAUUUUGGUGAAUGUGGCAGGUGAGGGGGAAAAUGGCUCUCAGAUUGACUUCUGGGCCCCAUCCUGCACCCAGCAUUCAGCAACAGUGACAGGGAGCCCUGAGACAGUGCUUCUGAGAGGCUCUUGUGCACCAUCUGAGCGCCAGGACAGCCCCUUCCCAGGCCAGACCUGCAGCCACUGGAGCCAGAGCCUGGCUGAGGUGUCCCUGGCGUGUCCAGGGAUGUGCAGCCCAUGGCCCCGGGGCGGUUGUAUUUAAAUGAUGCGGUUUCUGCUUGGAGCUGGUGCUCCACAGCAGCCCCGGGGGCUCUGCUGGGGCGCUGCCGGCCUUCGCUCAGAUCCUGGGUUCUGCCCACACUCCUGUUCCCUCUGCAGUGAGGAGGGCAAGAUCACCCGGCUGUCACUUCUGUCCCUCCCGUGCGUGCGGGCGGCAGACCCAGCGUGUCUGUGUCCGUGUGUCCGGGGCCUGAGGAGACGGGACCCUGCAAGGCUCCGGGCUGGGAACCGGCCGCUUCCGCACGGCCCCGCCUGCCCCGCGCGGCUUCGUGUGCAAUAAACGACAAAGCAGCUGCCGAGGUGUGCCUGUGUCCUGGGUCCCCGUGUGUGUCCUGGGUCCCUCUGUGUCCCGGGUCUGCGCCUCUCCUGGGUCAGUGUGUGUCUGCCAGGGUGGGGUCUGUGCAGGGCUGGGGCUCCAGGGCCAUAACGGCAUCCAAUGCUCAGCACUGGGAUCACAAAUCCCAUGGAUUUUGUCCCUGCCUGCUCUGUCAGUGGUGAGGGCCCCAGUGCCUCCCCAGAGCCCCUAGAGCUGCUUGGUCCCGGCCAGGAGUGACAGGGCCAUCAUUGCUGUCCCCAGGGAGGGGCUGGGGCCUCACUGGCCCAGAGGUGUGACAGCAGUGACAACAUCCCCGCUGUGCCACACCCCGAGGGUGCACAACACUGGCUAGUGGCAAAGGAUUAGCCCUGGAACAUGGGAAUAUGCUCGGUGAGAGCAGAGUGUGCGUGAGCUGAGGCAUCAACACCCCCGAAGACACACUGG